AGGCAUAAAUACGCUCCUUCUGACCAUAUAACGCCCCUCCAACCACAGUGAGACAAACUUCUCCCCUCUUAGGCCUCUCGACAGAACCAACACUCCCAACAUGGCUUUCAUCCAAGCCUUCUUGCAGCAGACAGUUUAUCUGGGCAUGCCCGAUGAGUCAGUCCUCAAGAAUGAGGGAACCGUCACCGUUGCACCCAACUUCAACCCCAGUGCAGAUGCUGGAGUCUUGGAAAAAGCCAUCAAGACUAAAGGCAUAGAUGAGAACACCAUCAUUGAAGUUCUGGUCAAAAGGAGCAACGACCAGAGGCAGCAAAUCAAACAGGCGUACCAACAGGCCACUGGGAAGCCUCUCGAAGCAGAACUGAAAAAGGCCCUGAAAGGAGAUCUGGAGGAAGUGGUGCUGGCUCUGCUGAAAACACCAGCCCAAUACGAUGCCCAGCUGCUGAAACUGGCAAUGAAGGGUCUUGGAACAGAUGAGGAUUGUCUGAUUGAGAUCCUUGCCUCUAGAACCAACAAGCAGAUCUUGGACAUAAAGAAGGUCUACAAGGAAGAAUACAAGAAGGAGCUGGAGGAGGACAUCAGGUCAGACACCAGUGGAGACUUCAGGGCUGCCCUCCUCGCUCUCUGCAAGGCUGGCAGGACCGAAGGAAUCAGUGAGCAGCUUAUUGACAGCGAUGCCAGGACUCUGUACGAGGCCGGGGAGGGGCGGAAGGGCAAAGACUGCUCCGCCUUCAUUGAUAUCCUGACCAGCAGGAGUGCCCCACAUCUCCGCAAAGUGUUUGAUAGGUACUCAAAAUACAGCAAAGUGGAUGUGGCCAAAGCUAUUGACCUGGAGAUGAAGGGAGAUAUUGAAAGUUGUCUCACAGCAUUAGUGAAAUGUGCUGGAAGCAGGCCGGCGUUCUUUGCAGAAAAGCUUUACUUGGCUAUGAAGGGUAAAGGUACCCGCAAACAUAUCCUGACUCGCAUUAUGGUGAGCCGCUCUGAGAUUGAUAUGAAGCGGAUCAAAGAUGAAUACAAGAAAACCUAUGGCAAAACACUCUUCCAGGACAUUCUGGAUGACACAAAUGGAGACUAUGAGAAGAUCCUGCUUGGUCUUUGUGGAGGUGAAAACUAAACGCCUGUCUCUGGGACCAAUGUGCAAAAGCCAAAGAUCUAUAAUGAUGUUAAGCAGCUGUGCAAAAUACCUUAUUAUCUUUUGACAUUUAUGGUACCCCAAGUAGUAAGCAAAAGAUUCAAAUGAAGUCACUGCUUCAGCAAACAUAACACCCUAAGUAUUUGUAUAACGGCAGCAUAGAUAGCACAUUGUGCUUCUGGAUCCAUGCUUUAGACUGACUUAGCUUUGCAUUUAUUUCCAGAAGUCCAUAAAGCUUAGGCCCAGUAUUGCAGAUUGGCUGAUGUAUACAGGUUAAUUUGUGCCAAUCAUUUAGUUGUAGUAACAUACUUGAAGGAACUUCAACAUCUGCAAAUAAAAGCUUUUUUUUUUUUUUUAAACAA